ACCCCGACCUCGUCAGGAAUAUAAAAAUGUAGAAGUAUCGACCCGAGUUCUCAAGGUUAUUGGACAUCUUUUGUAUCCUCCAUAGCCAUAGCUGGUGUUUGCACAUCUAUCAUGCUGUUUGUAGCUCUCGUGGUCUUUCUCCCUCUCGUUACUGCUUUCAACGUCGCAGAGCACUUGGCAAACGCGUCACCUUACCAUAAGGCACCUGCCGUUCCCAACUUGAAGGACACGCUGCCGGCUGACUGUCAAGUUCAGCAAGUCUCUGUGCUGCACCGGCAUGGAUCGAGGUUUCCGACUAAGGCGAAACUGUCUACUAUUACGAACCUGGUGAAGAAACUCGCGAGCAAAGUUGACGUCAUAAAGCAAGCAAAAUUACCUGCGGAAUUAGCUUUCCUCAAGGAUGGUUACACAUCUACUCUGGGCACAGACGACUUGACGCCUCCUGGCAGAGCCGAUAUGUUUGAACAUGGUGUCUCUUUCCGCCUUAAGUACCCUAACCUCAAUGCCGAUGCGAUACUCGCUGGGUCAGAAGCUAGGAUCGUAGAGUCAGCUGGAUGGUUUGGCCAAGGUUAUUUCGGCUCCGACUGGGCGACGAAAUCCCAGUUGUUGAGAAUUGUCAACGAGUCUGAUCGUGUCACUCCCUCCUACAUAUCUCCAAUUAAUGCGUGUCCAAGCUGGAGGAAUGCCAGUCUUAAUGGCGUAAACGCCGACAGAGCAUGGAGUAAUAUCUACUUGCCCCAAGUUGCCAACCGUCUCAAUAAACUCAUACCGGGUUUGGACCUGUCAACGGAUGAGGCCCUUGGCGCGAUAAACGCUUGCGCCUACGACCUUGCAGCAAAUAGGACAUCUCCAUGGUGUGGCGUCUUCGAGCAGAGCGAAAUCGAAGGCUUCGAGUAUGAAAACGACUUGUACUUUGACGGUGCUUUCGGUUAUGGGCUCCCUGGUAACAUGCCUCUUACCCUCGGAGCUCUCUAUGUAGAUGAGCUUGUCGCCAGACUCAAUGACACUAGCCAGAAUGCCCACAAGAUGUAUCUCGACUUCGGGCACGAUACCAGCAUCACCCUCGCUCUAGCAGGCUUCGGGUUAGCCAAAGAUGCUACUGACCUCACCGAGUCCACGAAGGAAAUCAAAAAAGACCGCAGGUGGCGCACGUCUGAUCAGGUUCCCUUUGCUGCCCAAAUGGUAUGGGAGAAGUUCACUUGCACUUCAUCUUUCACAGGUCCCCAGAUUCGACUUAUCCUCAAUGAGUCGCCCUUUCCUCUAGUUACAUGCGCCAAUAUGAACAAGGAGUACGGUACUUGUUCGCUUGAGGAUUUCGUGAAGGCGAAUGCCGGCGCGGCAGCAUUGAAAUUUGGAGAUAGUAAUUGGAAAAGUAUUUGUGGUACCCCCACAUCCCACUAAAUCAUAUAUUCAUCCUAUCAACCUACAUAGUCCACGAUAUUGCUUUUCAUGCCUUCUCACUCCGAGAUAUGUAGUUUGUGUAAUUUCUGAUAUUGUCAAUACUAGUAUGUUGAGCGCAGCGACAGAAGGGGAGGAUGUGAUCUGCAAAAUACAAUAGGGUAACAUCA